AUGGAGGCCGAGGGGACCCUCCCGGAGGCCGAGCCCGGGGACCCCAGCCGGGCACGGGCGGAGCCCCCCCGGCCCGGCAGCAGCGCCAAGGAGCCCGAGAGGACGCAGAAGAUGGGGCAGCCCCCGGAGGAGCUGCUCCUGCAGCAGGCCCUGCUCUGGGACUCCUUCCAGCGGGUGCAGCAGCAGCUCCUCAAGCGCCAGCCCUUGGCCGACCCCCCCGUGCUCCCCCCCGGCCACCGGCCGCUGUCCAGGGCUCAGUCGUCCCCGGCCACGGCCACCGUGUCCCUCCCUGCCCAGGACACCAAGGCGCUGGCCCUGCCCGUGCAGGAGCAGCCGCCCCAGCCGCACUUCACCACAGGGCUGGUUUACGAUUCGGUGAUGCUGAAGCACCAAUGCUCCUGCGGGGACAACAGCAACCACCCCGAGCACGCCGGGAGGAUCCAGAGCAUCUGGUCCCGGCUGCAGGAGCGGGGCCUGCGGAGCCGCUGCGAGGUGAGCUGGGAGGGGCUGGGCCCGCCUCCAUCCCACUGAACCCAUCCCGUCCCUCCUGAGCCCAUCCCGUCCCUCCUGAACCCAUCCCGUCCCUCCUGAACCCAUCCCAUCCCUCCUGAGCCCAUCCCAUCCCUCCUGAGCCCAUCCCGUCCCUCCUGAACCCAUCCCGUCCCUCCUGAUCCAAUUCCGUCCCUCCUGAGCCCAUCCCGUCCCACUGAACCCAUCCCAUCCCUCCUGAGCC